AUGCUACAGUGGAGCGGGUUAGACGCGACAGAGCAACAGCAACAGACGGGGAAAACCCUGCCACGGCUGCUGUUUCUCCCUGGCGUGGAUGGGGUUGGGUACGGGCUCAAGCUGCAUCACAAGUCCCUGGGCCGGCUGUUUGAAGUCACGUGUCUGCACAUACCGCUGUCUGACCGAACCGACUUCCAAGGCCUGUUAUCUCUCACAGAGGCUGAGGUGCUGCAAGAGCACGAGCAGUCGCCCAACCGGCCGCUCUUUCUCGCGGGGGAGUCGUUUGGUGCUCUCCUCGCAGCUGCAGUGGCAGCCCGAAAUCCCUCCUUGCCCAUCAGCCUCGUUCUGAUCAACUCAGCCACCAGCUUCCCCCGUUCCUCGCUGCAGCCCCUCAUUCCUCUGCUAAAGAGCGUCCCUCCAGAGGCCUACGCUGCUCUCCCGUUCCUCUUCAGCCUCGCCAUAGGUACAAAAGCAUGA